AAAAAACUGAUCCUUAGCCAAACGAUAAAAACAUAAAAACACAGUAAUAUAAUAACCCUCAAAUUUGGAAAGCAAAGAGCCAGAGAAGCCAGAGAGACAAUCCCAUUCUCAAAUUCCUUUCUCUGAUCUCUCUCAACAAAACCGAGGAGAGAUAGGAGAAGGAGAGAGAAGAACCGUCAUCUCCAUUUUCAUUGUUUUCCCCACACAGAAAAAUGGGUUGUGGCGAAUCAAAGCACGCCGUCUCAACGGAGAACACCACCAUGAGCAGAACCAGAAGCUCGUCCUCUUCCAGAUCAAGCUCCAGGAGGGAGAAGAAGGCCGCCGCCGCCACCACAGCCCCCGCCGUGCAACGACCGGCUCAAGAAGAAGCUGCUCCUCCAACCCAUGACCCCACCAAGAACACCCCCGAGGCUGCUCUUGGAAAUGUCGAAAUCAAUGUCUCUAAGGAAGGCAUAAAAGAACCCAUCUUUCAAGAACCAAAAUCCGUUGGAAAAGAAAGCAAAUACACACAAACAGAGGCUCUGGAGGAGAUUAAGGAAACCCAGAAUAGUUUUGAUGCUGUUAAGGUUUCUGUGGAAGAUGUGAAAGAAAAAAAUCCCAUUCCUGUUAAGGAAAGCUUGAAUCUUGAGGCGGUUAAACCCGUUGAAGAAGAUGUAAAAACAGAAACUAAUAAGGCCAGCGUGGAACAGAAGGUAGAACCCGUAAAAGAUCCUCUCCCUGUUAAGGAUGAUGAGGUUGAAGAUAUGAACAAGCCCGAGGAGGUUAAGGAAAGCAGCAAUACAGAAUCUGCUCUAAUGGUUGUGGAAGAUGUAAAAGAGAAAUUGGAUGAGGUCAAAGUUGAACAGAAUGUAGAAAAUGAAUCUAUGGAAGUUAUGCCCCGGGAAGAGAUAAACAAGCCUGAGGAGGUUAAGGAAAAAAGCAUCGUGGCUUUGGAAGAAGAGAAAACUGAAAAGGCCAUUGAGGAAAAGGAAGGAAAUGAAUCUGCGUCUAUUGACAUUGGGGAAAAGGUAAAUGAAUCUGAAGCGGUUAGGGAAAGUCCUGUUGCAUUGGAAGCGGAGAAAACAGAAAAGGCCAUUCCAGAGCAGAAGGAAGAAAUACAAUCUUUGGCAGUUUAUGAUGAGAUUGAGAAAGAGGUAAACAAACCCGAGGAGGUUGAGGAAAUUAUUGUGGCUUUGGAAGAUGAGAAAACCGAAAUGGCAGUUUCAGAGCAGAAGGAAGAAAUAGAAUCUGUGGUUGUUAAAGAUGAGGAAGCAGAGGCAAAUGAACCCGAGGAGCUUAAGGAAAGUAUUGUGGAUGCGGAAGAUGUAAAAGAGAAAGGAGAAAUAGCCAUCGAAGAGCACAAUGCAGAAGUAGCAUCCGUGUCUGCUAAAGAUGAUAAAGAAGAAGAAAUAAAUGAACCCGAGGUGCUCAAUGAAAGUAUUGUGGAUGUGGAAGAUGUAAAAGAGAAAGGUGAAAUAGCCAUUGUAGAGCAGAAUGCAGAAGUAGAAUCUGUAUCAGCUAAAGAUGAAGCUAAAGGUGAAGAAGAAAUAAUUGAACCUGAGGUGCUCAAUGAAAGUAUUGUGGAUGUGGAAGAUGUAAAAGAGAAAGGUGAAAUAGCCAUUAUAAAGCAGAAUGCAGAAGUAGAAUCUGUAUCUGCUAAAGAUGAAGCUAGAGGUGAAGAAGAAAUAAUUGAACCCGAGACGCUCAAUGAAAGUAUUGUGGAUGUGGAAGAUGUAAAAGAGAAAGGUGAAAUAGCCAUUGCUGAGCAGAAUGAAGAAACAGAAUCUGUGUCUAUUAAGAUUGAGGAGGGGGAGAUGGACAGCAACAAAACUGAAGAGGUUGCAAAAGCUGAGGAGACAUCUGUUAAUGAAAACCAAACAGAUGAUGCACAAAAAGAAGCUGGCAUUCAUGGAAAUGAAGAAGGAAAGAAUGCAGAAGAAAAUGAUGUGCCAGCUAGUACUGAUGAGGCAAAAGUUGAAGCCAAACCAGAACCAGAAGAGAGGACUGCAAGUCCAGUUGUAUAGGAAAAAAGGAAGAAAAACUUAUCCAUAUAGUCACAUCAUUUUCAGAAACUGCACAUUUAUUAUUCAAAUGUCUUGGAGAUUCUCUUCAUUUGUGUAGGGAAAUUGUUCUAUUAAUGGUGCACUUUGUAAGCCACAAUUCUUAUUGGGUGUGUUUGAAGGGUCAGCCUCCAUGGACCAGUUAUCAUUAUUUUUUACCAAAUUAUUUCAGUACCAACCGUUAUUUUGCAUGAUUAGUUUGUGGUGGGGGUCAGCCAGUUCAUUGACAAUCAAUAAAUGUGAAUAACUAUUUUACUUUUUUCACGUAAUAUAAAUGAGAUAAUAAUAAUAAUAAAUUUAAGUGA